AUGAUUAGCUUCCAGAUAAAGGUUCCAGGGUCAGCGCCUGCAGAAAAGUCACCUGUGUCACCAACUCCAGCAAAGAUUCCAGGGUCGGCGCCUGCAGAAAAGUCACCUGUGUCACCAACUCCGGCAAAGAUUCCAGGGUCGGCUCCUGCAGAAAAGUCACCUGUGUCACCAACUCCGGCAAAGAUUCCAGGGUCGGCACCUGCAGAAAAGUCACCUGUGUCACCAACUCCGGCAAAGAUUCCAGGGUCGGCGCCUGCAGAAAAGUCACCAGGCACCGACUUUGCGGACAAACCAAAGACACGUCUUCCGCAACUAAAAGUGAAAGUUCCAAAGACAAUAGAGGAGCCAGUAGCAGGCACACCUGACAUUGUACCAGUAAACAUCAAGACUGCACACGGGAAAACAUUUAAACGGAACUUCCUGCAAUCUGACAAAAUCCAGGACAUACUAGACUACAUGCAGAUGGAAGGCUAUCACCAGAUGGCGUUUACACUGUGUACUCCCUUCCCACGGAGGGACCUCUCGGAUAAAGCAACGCAAACUCUCAAGGAGGCUGGAUUCACUUCAAGUGUUCUACUAGUCAUGGAGGAGCGAGAUGAGAUAUAGUCGCUCCAUCAUAAGAUCUACCUCCUUGGCUAUUACAAUCGGGUAUUUGUUUGUUUACUCGCUAUCCAACAGCUGGUAUAAUUGCUUUAUGAUAUUAAUUCCACAUGAAAACCUGCAAGUAUAACAUUCCAGAGCUAGUCUUCAAAGUGUAACCAGUAUAAUCUAAUGGUAACUAGGCCAUAGACACUAUAAUUACAGCAGUUAACGACAUAUUCAAUGUUAUGAGCAUGUUAUUUAACAUUUGAGGAAUUGCUAGCACAUUUUUUUGCAACAAGUUACCUUCUAGCUACUCUUUACGUGUAACCGGCAUAGAGCCUGGUCAGGCUAGCACAUUACCGUAAUGUAGGAGUAGCACAGUUAAAAUUGCAAACUGGAAAUGUGGAACUCGAGGACAACUCUACCAGUUAGCAUGUACAGAAGUCUUGGAAAAGUAAUGAAAGUGAAACCAAAGAAAUUGCUUAAGAAUAUUUUCAAAGUUAAUGCUGUGUUGGUGCUUGUUUGGUGCAUAUUUGUUCAUUGGCAAAUUGACAAAUGCAGAUGAGCUCAGUUAGAGAUUUGUUUAUAUUUACUGAACUGUUUACGACAUGAUAACUAUUUCAUUAUGUUAUGACAAUAAGCCCUUAUUUAUAGGUAUGAUUCCAUAUAUUCUGCAGCUAAUUAUAUAUACAUUGGUGUUUUUCUGACACGGCUUGCAAGUAUAUGUAUGGAUAUAUAUAUCAAUAUUAAUUACACAUUGCUGUAAAAUGAUAAUACAUUCCAAAUAAGUUUGUUUAAACAAAGCUAUUCUAGUCCCAUCUAGCCAGUAGUGGUGUUUGGGUAUUGUGUAAGAUACAAAAAAUGGUGAUAAGUGAAUGAAUAAUAGAAAUAAAAAUAAAAAUUGGCUACAUUAGUUGCAGCCAUAUUUUAUGUAGUUAAGUUUGUUCUAAUUUUUAUUAACUUUUACCAAAAAACAGGUUGGAUCAUUUUUAGUUUGUUACUGUUGUUAUAAUAUCCUACACAUGAUAGUCGUGUGGGGACUUUUAUUUCAAUUUAUGGUUAUUCUAUUGAUUUUAGUUCAGAUUUAUAUGUUGGGACUGGUUGUAUGAUAGCUAUAGAUUGAUAGCAUGCGCCACGGCGAGGGGGAACAGGCAGUAAAUAUAUAGAUAUGUGUAUUUAUAUGAUGGCAAAGGAAAAAGUCAUGGUCUAGUGUGAUAUAAUGUCUAUAACCAAGUACUAUAGAUUGUACGUAUGUGUGUAAAUGCUAUAGCCACCUGUUUCACCAGGCUUUAUUAUGGGGUGUAAGCAAUAAACACGUUCUAGCUUAUAUAUCAUUGCUGAGCUUGUUUCUGUUCACAUUUGUGGUGCUAUUAACAAUUUGGCUUUUAAGCUCAGUUGCGUAGUUAACCGCUUGUUUGGUGGGAGCACAGAGUCACGUUUGGUUUGCAUUCUGUGCAGUGGGCCGUGGGUAGUUUGCCAUUUCCAUUCUACAUAAAAGCCAACGUCUUAUCGUAAUAUAUAAUAUCCUAACGUCCUGUUAUCUCCAUCGGUCUGGGAGACUGGGAGGUGCAACUGCCACCCCCCUUUGCACACUCCACCCGCUAGCUAUGAUCUUGAAGCGAUAUGUUCAUGACUCUGUCACAGUAACAAUUGUAUCAUCGGGGUAAAUGCUUACGCUUGCUUAUAUUAUAGAAAUGGACAAUGCAUAUGUAUGUAUCCAGUGGUAAGCAAAUGGAUAAUGGUAAUACGUGACAAUUGGCAGCAUUACUUAAUAUGUCAUUUAAUAAAUUCAAUCGCAAUGAUUAAGCA